GCGUUUUUUCGUUUUCUUUAUUAUUGACUUAUUUUUAUUUUUAUUUUAUUUUGCUUCUUUGAAAUCUUCCCCGGCAAGGCAAAGCAAACGAGUGGACGUUUUUGAAGAUUCGUUAAUUUUUCUCUCUCUCUUUAUAAUAUAAGAAGUCGCCUACUACGUAGAACCAAAAGAGAGACAAAAAUACACUUUCAUUGCUGUCUUAACUCUAACGGAGUUAACUAACGUCGACAUUAUGCUAGAGGGAGAUGAGAAACAGAGCCGAGCUCUGGAUUUCAAUCGACUCGAGGUUUUGUCAUUACUAGGUCGUGGAGCUAAAGGAGUUGUGUUUCUUGUCCGCGACGACGACGCUAAAUUGCUUGCUUUAAAAGUUAUACUUAAGGAAGCCAUCGAGAAGAAAAAGAAGGGUAGAGAAAGUGAAGAUGAUGAGUAUAAACGCGUGAGUUUCGAGCAAGGAGUAUUAAGCAGAUUCGACCAUCCUCUCUUUCCGUCUCUUCACGGUGUUUUAGCUACCGAUAAAGUCAUCGGUUAUGCGAUCGAUUAUUGUCCGGGACAGAAUCUCAAUUCUUUGAGGAAAAUGCAAUCGGAAAGUAUGUUUUCCGACGAGAUUAUCAGAUUUUACGCGGCGGAGCUUGUAUUAGCACUUGACUAUUUACAUAAUCAAGGAAUUGUGUAUAGAGAUUUGAAGCCAGACAAUGUGAUGAUCCAAGAAAAUGGACAUUUAAUGCUUAUAGAUUUCGAUCUUUCUACAAAUCUAGCUCCAAGAACGCCGCAACCGUCACCGUCACUGUCUAAACCAUCGCCGACGAUGAAGAGAAAGAAACGUCUCUUCCGCUUCACCAGUUUCUGCAACUCAGGAAUCUCGCCGCAAGAAUCUAUCUCGGUUCACUCAUCAUCUACAUUGGCCGUGUCAGAUUCUUCAGGUGAGAAGUCAAAUUCUUUCGUCGGAACAGAGGAAUACGUUGCGCCGGAGGUUAUAAGCGGGGACGGUCACGAUUUUGCCGUCGAUUGGUGGUCGUUAGGGGUUGUUUUAUAUGAGAUGUUGUAUGGAGCGACGCCGUUUAGAGGAUCGAACCGGAAAGAGACAUUUUACCGGAUUUUAUCUAAACCGCCGAAUCUAACUGGUGAAACGACGUCGUUGCGUGAUUUGAUUAGAAGAUUGUUGGAGAAAGAUCCUAGCCGUAGGAUCAACGUUGAGGAAAUCAAGGGUCAUGAUUUCUUCAGAGGAGUAGAUUGGGAAAAGGUGAUUUUGGUUUCUAGACCGCCGUAUAUCCCGGCGCCGGACGACGGUGGUGAUAAGGGAACCGAUGUAAAUACGAAGAUGGAUGUGGAGAAUAUCGUCCAAGAGAUUUUUGCUGCAAGACAAGAACGUGAGAAACAGAGUGGUGAUAACAAUAAAAACGCUAAUAUGAAAAUUAAAGAUAAUACUAGUGGGGAAUGGGUUAAGGGGUUGAAUAAUAAUCACGAUUUAGAAAGUGAUAACAAUUUUUUGGUAUUUUAAUUCAAUUUUUUUUUUUUUAAUCUAACCAGCUGUUACAUGUAAAUAUAGUAUAUAGUCUAUGGACUAUGGUGUACAGACUCAAAUUAUCGUUGGACCUUGGCUUCAAAUGGGUUCAAUUUUAUAUACUUAAUGUCAAUUUUAGCUUAGCUUAACAUCAAUUUGAUUGAAAUUAACUAU